UCGGCCGCGACGGGAAAGAUUGGGGCCUCGUGCUCCCGCGGCCGGUAAACAAUACGAUAGUGCCCUUUGAGUGGCGUUGCCGUGUGCUGGUCGCGUCGACUGUGCCGUGCCGUUCGGUAUCGGGAUAUCGCGGUGUGCGUGCGUUUCGGACUCGGUGAACAUGUGUGUUCGCGGCUUUUGAUUUUCGUUUUUUUUUUCUUCCUUGUUUCGGUUUUUGACGGUGGAUGAUGGUGUUUUGAUGCGGCCGGAGUAGACGGACUGUGACUGGCGAUCGCUGCGACUAGACGAAAGAUGGAGUUUUCUCGUGCUUUCCAUCCGGGAAAGCGUCGUGCCACCCCGAUCCCGGUUUUGCCGCCGAGGAUACCCACUCCGAUGCCCCUCAAUAACAACAACAAUUCCAGGCCGAACAAACCAAGAGAACAGAUAACGAUUAGCACAAUAUCCGGCAGUCCGAGUAGCAUCGGCAUCGGCAUCGGCAUUGGCAUGGAACCGGCCGGCAAGAAUCAACAGCAGCAAAGUUAUCAGAAUUCCCAGUUGUCCCAUCACUCUGCGACAUACGGUUCGGACGUUCCGAUGCUUAUCACAAAGCCGUCUUAUAAAUUGCUUGAUAAUGAUGUCAAAACGGCCUGGAUCAACCCCAGACUAAUCUCCAAGAUCGACAUGGACGCAAUAAAACGCACCGACUACGGUCAACAGUGCGAGCGAAACAUGAAUGGACCGGGAGGCGGCGCCGUCGCAGCAUCUCCAGCAUCAGCCGCCGCCGCCGUCCAGCAACAGCAACAGCAACACCACCACCACCACCACCGGCACCCAAACUGCGGCCGCAUGCACGACCGAGAGUGGGAGCGCAACCCAGUCAAUGGACGUGGCGGCGGACUAUCCAAAUCGCGAUCAGUGCCUGCCUCAAUACAGCCCGGUCCGGAUCCCAGAAGGAAGAGAUCGGUCUCCGGGAGGGCGGCGAUGGAGAAGGGCCACGCUUCCAGGGCGGUCAGGCCAAAGAACGGGGGCCAGCACGUGCACCGGCCCCGGCACGUGAACAGCGUCGACAGGAUGCAGGGUGCGAAAGGCGUUGGGUUCUUUGGGUACCAUCAGAGUGAGACUUGUUACGUUGGUGAUAAUCGUGCUGGUGGUGGUGCCUACGGACUCUUCACGGAGGGCAAUUAUGCAAGUGUUUAUGCGACCAACGAAGCUUCGGCGGCCGCAGCAUUUUUUGCCAGAGCCGCACAAAAACUCAACCUGUCUUCUUCGCCGCACAGGAGGAAACGCUACAACUCAGAAGAUGAGAACAAUACGGGAUUCUGUGGAGCUUUGCAACGAUCUCCACCCUCUGUUCCACCCGCUCUUCUUCGAAGAAUCGGAGUAAAGGAAGUUACAGGAGUUGGCAAGGUCAAAGUUAUGUUGCGUGUUUCGAGCACGGGUCACAAUUCAGAGUCGGGCGGUUCGAAUAGCUUCUUCAGCCUGGACAAACGGAAGAAACAGCUGACUCUGAUAGAUCCAUCGGUUUGCAAUGGAUCCACUCCGGAGGACCGGAGAGUUGGAGUCGCUGCACCCAAAAUGUUCGCAUUCGAUGCCGUUUUCUCCCAAGACGAUUCACAGACUGAAAUUUGCUCCAGUGCCCUGACAGACGUUAUUCACGCCGUUAUUAAUGGAACUGAUGGCUGUCUCUUUUGCUUCGGGCAUGCUGGAUUAGGCAAAUCGUACACAAUGCUCGGCAUGCCGGAUAAUGCAAAUACCUUGGGGAUCAUCCCCUGUGCGAUUUCGUGGCUGUUCAAAGGAAUAAAUGAACAAAAACAAAAGACUGGCGCUAGGUUUUCAGUGCGAGUCUCCGCGGUGGAGGUGUGCGGUCCUACCAACCAGCUGAGGGACUUAUUGGCGGGAUAUUCCAAUGAUUCAGAACAGUCUCCCGGAGUUUACCUACGGGAUGAUCCUUUGUUCGGGAAUCAUCCUCCGCACUGUGAGCUUCGUGUGCCCACAGCCGAAAAAGCGGCACACUACCUAGACGCGGCUGUCGAGUGCCGAUCCGGGGCGGCCGCCCAAAGCGCCCAGUCUCGCGAGGAUUUCAGGGAUUCCCACCUGCUGUUCACCCUGCACGUGUAUCAGUACAGUGUUGCCGGGAAAGGAGGAGUUGCUGGUGGUCGCAGUAGACUCCACCUUAUCGACUUGGGAAACUCGGAACGGGGUAAAACGGGUGGUGGAAUCCCGCUUUCAGGAGUAGGCAAUGUUUUGCUGGCCAUUUUCAAUGGCCAAAAACAUCUGCCAUACAAAGAACACAAGCUAACGCAUUUACUUAAGGAUUGUCUCAGUUCUUUAACGUGUCACGCGGCCAUGAUUGUCCACGUGUCACCCCACGCACAAAACUACACGGACACUCUAACAACCGUACAAUUAGCUUCGAGGAUUCACAGGAUGAGGCGAAGGAGAAUUAAAUUUGUAUCGGCUGGAACUGGGAAUGGGUCAGGCGGAAGUUCUGGGGAGGAAGCAACUAGAACUACGGGCACCAGCAGCGAGCCGGAUCCUUCCAGUAGUGACUUGUCUGCUGACACUGUUAUUUAUGUUGGUCCUACCGACGAUGCCACUGAUGGAGAACAUCCUCCAGUAUAUAUUCCAAGUCUUAACUCUGGGGAUAAUCGAUGUUCUAUGAGCAAAAUUUUACGAGGCUCAAGUGCUGAACAGAAACCUAGAAGUUCUAAACCAGAAGAUAAAUCAUCCAUACACAGACCAAUGAAGUCGUCAAGCCAGAGUAACAAAACAUCGCCAGCACACACGAACUCUCCCAAACAAUCACCGAGUAGAAUCCCUUCAAUUAAAUCCAAACAACCAGUAAAUGGUGCCAGUGACGAGCAGUGGAUCGACGGUCCUAGGAUCUCCAAGUCAAAAGUUGCAGAGGCGAGGCAUUUAAUGAAAGAAGUCUGUCACGUAAAGAAACGAGAGACUUGGAUAGAUGGUCCGAUGCAAUCCGAAAGCAAUACCAGUUAUGGGUAUAUGGACAGUCACAAAAAGAAUAUGAUCAGACAAUGGGUGGAACAUCAGACCAACCAAAUUGCCAAAGUUAAAUACACACAUCCUAAAGAUGGUAAGUCCUCUAAAGAUAUUAAAGAAUUGACACAAUUUAAAAAUUGUGAAGAAGAAAUUGUUAAACCUCUUGAUACGAAGAAGAGUGAAAUUGUGGAGGAGUCGACGAUCCGAACUGGACUAAAGAUUAAUUCUAGUCACAACGAUGCAAUUCCUGAAUGCCAGACUCCUGAAGAGAAAGAGUGCGACAGGUAUGAUGAAGAAAUAGAGGAUGAAGAAGAGCCAGUGGAGAUGCCUCCCGCUCUUCCUCUGAUACAACCUUUAAGUAGCAGAGAAGUUUCGUUGGAAAGUUUGGAUCAGUUGUUAAAAGAAAGAAUGCUAUCCAAUGCUGAAUAUAACAGUUACCAAAAUAAUACUUACGAAGAAUACGUGGCGAGUGACGAAGAAGUUUUGGAAAUUAUUGAAGUUGAGGAGCCUUUAGAACCGGUGCCAACGCAGGACUGUUGUCUGCAGGUCACGGAGGAAGACAUAGCGUUUUGCAUGGGUUUAUCGGAGAAUCCUCUUCCAGAGGUGGAUCAAGAACAUAUUUUGGAUCAUCCGUUGCGUAUCUUAAGCCAGGAAAAUUUAACCGUAGUUUCGACAUUCACUGAUUCGAUGUCUGUGUACACCGACUUGGAAAGAAUUUUACCCAGACAUCGGUACGACAGACAUAACUUAUACAACGACGAUUAUGAGGACCCGGACAAUCCGUAUCAAAGAAACGGGAAUUUCGACGAAGUAACCAAAAAGAAAUUCGACCAAUUAGCCAAAUUACACGAGUUGUUUUCGAAUCGACUAGCCAAAGCCAACGUUGCAAAUUCGGAGACGUAUCAGAUGCAGAAACAGAAUCAAAGGGUGCUGACCAGAUGCGAGUCACUAACAUUAAACGACAUGCUUUAUGGCGAUGGCAAUCAUGACAAUAGCAGUAUUUACAGCGAACCAGCGUAUACGCAACAGAAGUUUUGUGAGAACUGCAAAGUUAGUAUAUCCAGACCUGCGACUGCACAAAAUUGGUAUACAGACACGUAUUUGUCGGCUAGCACAUACGAUUUACAAAAACUACCAAACGAGAACAAUUUAGGCGGGAGAUUUCAGAGGUACAGCCACAAGUACAGCAGAGAUAAUAAUAUAGCGUACUUAAGGCAUCCUGACGGAGCAUCCAAUCCAAAUUUGAGGGAAGAUUUUCCAGGUGUCGGUGAAGUGGAUGGUAAAAUUCUUCCGGAAGACUCUAUAACUGUGCAACCUUUACCGCCACCAACCAGCCUUCCAUCCACCGAAAGAAUGAACCGAGCGGCUUUAAGUUUAGAGACAGGAGUUACAGCUAUCAAACUGACGCAAAAAUCGGAGGGUUACGACAGCGGUCACGACUCAACGCCGAGAACGUCGAAACACAGUCCGGCCGCGAUCUCGAGGAGGGCCGAGAGCGGUUACGAUAGCGUGGUCAGAGACUCAGAGAGUUCCAGCAUCGAUUCGGACACGAGUAGAUUGUCGCAUUUGAGGAACCGUAGAGGUAAUCAAGCAAUAACAUAUCUGAUUCGAACGAAUUUGUAAUAAUGUGGAGUCUAGUAUGAGCACAAGACUUUUGAAAGAAGGCCUGCCAAGAGAAAACAUUGUCCAAAUAAAACUUGUUUGAUUUUCAUCCGUUUUGUUUGUUUCUAAGAUGUGUAUGUGGUUUUAACAGAAGUAAUAAUUCAGACGAGUAAGUUACAAAACUAGUAGGGAAAUUUAUGUUAAGUAGAAAUUAGUGUAGCCAAUUACGCAACAAUUGAAUAUUUCUGUUAAAUCACGACACGUUUAAAUAAAAAAAUCUAAAAAAUUAUUUUUUAUAUUUCAUAUAUCAUAAACAUAGCAUCGCAUUCUCAGAUUAAAGAAUCUAGCUCUUGUAAGUCUAUUCUAUAUCUUAAACAAUGGAAUGUAUAUCUGUCUUAAACUGUACCAUAUACACAUAAGAGUACCUUAAUUAUUUUUACACCUUUCGUAUGUGUAGGUUUUCGUAGGGACUGCUUUUAGUUGGUUUGUUCGUCAGAAAUAGCAACGUCAUGACUGAAUUUUCUAUGUAGUGUACAUUUGACUUUGCCGUUUCUGAUGGGCAAGUAUUAGAUAUUAUUCUGUUGGAAUUGUAAGCCAAUGUUCAGCUUGUUAGGUCAAUGUUUGCACAAUUUAUAAUUUCAAUAUUGUUAAGUUAGGACAAACGUUUUGCUCAAAUUGUCUGAUUGUUUGUACGUCUCUUUUGAGGUACAGUUCCAAAUAUUAAUUACUCAACGGUUAUAGCAAUCAUAUUUAUUAAAUGUAAUUCGUGAACCUUUUUAAAUUACCUGUAACGAACAGUAUCAAUACGGUAUACGUUAAAUGUGUCAAAUUUAAUGUUAAGAUUUCACACGAACUUAUUAUCCCUAUUUUUCACAUCUGCAUAUCAUACUCUUUAAUACGGGAUCAACAAAAUCGAACUCAAUCUUGCAACCUUUUUUCAAUCUAUCUAAUAAG